ACAGACUCCCAGUUCCUGCAGGACAGGAGUCACCUCAAACCCAGCACACACAGGACACAUGUUCUCCACCCCAGGGCACCUCUGCAGCAACAUGGCCCAGUCAGGUGUCUUCCUCCGAAACCCUGGGCACCUCACCUCUGCCCCGCAGGCCGCCCUCCUCUUCAGCCUGGUCCUCACCUCCUUCCACUUAUCCUGCGGUACAGAAACCAGCAGCAGCAACUCAACCCUGAGUGCACACCACCCAGACCCCGGGACCCUGGAGCAGUGUGCCAAUGUCGACUUCUGCCCACUAGCCUCCCUGUGUUGCCGGGCUUCCGUAGAUGAAUAUGGCUGGAUUGCGGCAGCGGUUGGCUGGAGUUUCUGGUUCCUCACCCUCAUCCUGCUGUGCGUGGACAAACUGAUGAAGUUAACUCCAGAGGAGCCCAAAGACCUGGCGGCAUGAGCCCAAGGAUGGCUUUUUCUAUCAUUUGGGGGUGUGGGAGGGGGAAUACUUCUAGAAGCUUCUGUCACUUUAAAGUCACGUGUUCCUC